UUGCAAUCCAGUGUUGCUGCCACUAUCAUGCUUCUCUGAUUAUUUUUUUUCCAAUUCUGUUUCUUUAUUAGGUGCCUGACAUCACUACUGCUUUGAUGGAUGCGAAGCUUGGCACGGAAGGGCGCAAGGAUCUUUUUGAUUGGCUAUCAAGGCAACUUAGUGGAUUAAGCAAUUUUCCUAAUGCUGUAAAUCUGCUAAAACCAACUGCUUCUGCUAUGACAGAUAAAUCAGCAGAUGUUCGUAAAGCAGCUGAAGUAUGCAUUGGUGAAAUUUUCAGAGUCUGUGGUCCUGAUGCAGUGACCAAGAAUUUGAAAGAUAUUCAAGGACCUGCCUUAGCUAUUGUUCUUGAACGACUAAAGCACUCUGGGGCUUUUCAAGAAACAUUUGAAGUGGCUAAAACAAUAUCGAUGGGGCCAUCAUUGAAAAGCGGAUCAAAAGUUAGGAAAAGUGGAUCAAAAGUUCACGAACCAGACGAGCACCCUCCCCAAUAUAUUUCUUAA